AUGACUACCAUUGAUCCAGAAUCAGGCGAGACACGAAUGCGUCGUUCACAUCCGAUGGUCAACAAUUUCAAUCAAUUUAUCAUAUGUGCAUGCCGUUGCAAUAUGGACAUCAAAUUUAUUUGGUCGGGCACGGAUACAAAAGCACUCGUGUAUUAUUGUACCGGCUAUAUUACAAAGACAAAUCUAUCCUUUCAUGAUACAUUUUCUCUUAUGCGGAAGGCCGUUCAACCCAACGAUAACAACAACAUAACUGAAAGUUCUGUCGACGAAGCUAGAAAGCUCGUCUUACGUUGCUACAAUUCUCUUGCUUCACAGCAAGGACUUUCUGGCGUUCAAGUAGGCACUUAUUCCAUAGAUUAUGGCGAUCAUUACACCAGUUAUGAAUUGGCUAAUAUAUUUCUCAUUGCUGUCGAACGCCACCUUCAAAACGAACUUGAACAAAGCAGAGCUUCUCUUGCUUCAUCUUCUACAACUACACAAGUGACGACUACAGAUGUAAUUGGCCUUGUCGAGGGCGAAGAAGAAUAUGAUGCCUCUGGGAUAGAAAAACAGUUUUCGAUUGAACAAUCAAGUGAUGCACAGAAAGUAGUUCUCGUCAAUCUACGAACUGACUAUCAAUUUCGUUCCCCUGAACUGGAGUUAGUUUGUUUAUACGACUUCGUUAGCUUCUUUCAUCGUAAGCCAUUCGCCGAUAACGAUCGAAAUAUUACCGAACAUCAAUUCACAAAUACUGAAGAUAUUCGGCUAAAUCCAGGUCGUCCACGCCAAGAGAGAUACAUAUUUAUGAACGAACAUCCACAAGCAAAUUCUCAUGGUAUCAUUAAGCGUCUUAACCCUGUUGUUCCUGUACUCAUUGGGCUACAGAUUCCACUAGCUACUCUCUUCAUUCCAUGGAGAAAUGUUAAAGAUCUUUGUGCUGUCAAUCAGAGUUGGUGCGAAGCACUUUUCUCUCGGCAAGAAAGUAUUUCAACAGAGUCAAAACAGAUUAUCGAAAAUAUUCAACUCUUGCAUGAAUGCAAGAAAGAUCGUGAUGCACAUUUACAACAAGUUAUUGCAAAUGUUCAAGCUAGUGACGAAAUAGAUCCUCGUCUUUUUCCUCGAAACAUGCGUGUAGACGACAAUGACGAAGAUGAUGAUGAUGAUUUAGAUCAAAAUGAAACGUAUUUCGAUCUCCUUGAUAGCCUAGCAGAUAAUAAUCCAACAUCUGGUAUCAGUCAUCUUUCUGAGAAAGAGCAACUUUAUCAAGAUGAAGCACUUCGCCUCCUUCAUGGAGUUGGACGAUUUUUGAAUUGUACCAGACGUGAUCAACCAUUCAUAGUAUCCACUUCUCUACCACAUUUCUCUGUCAAAACUCGGCUUUCGGAGCAGCAAAAUGCUGAAUGGCAAGCUGCCAUAAAAUCAGAUGCUCUUCGAAGACGACAACAAAGUAUUGUAGAGGAUGCUCCUUUAUCAGCAAAUCAUACCUCUAAUCAACUCGUCUCGACUACUACCACUAGCUGUAUUGCAGAAACUCCAAACCAAAUGAGUGAUCGAAUUGAAUCUGUUACGACAGACAUGCCGAUGGAGAAAGUCAUCUAA